AUGCCGCGGAUUGCCGGAAUUUCCCGCGGCAAGCCGACUUCGCCCGAGGGUCACGUGUGUCCAACGUCAUUGCUCGGUGACCCCGGAUGCGCUUUAUUGGCCGUGGAAGCCGCGCUGGGAGUUCAUGAGUUCCCAUCCAUUGGAGCGCUUCGGUACACUCUCAAUAUGGCGGAUUCGUUGAUCCAUAGGCACCCGCUUCAGCGACUGCCGAGUCCCUCUCGUGGCAUCUCCGCACUGGUGCAUUUGGUGGGAUUGUCAUGCUUUUUCUGGGCCUUCAAAUACAUGCACGAGAACCCGAAUCAAGCAAAUCAAGCAUAUGGGUGGCACUUUCAAUACCUCACCGUGAUUGGUCUGACACUGUCUACACUCACCUUCUUCGUUGGGCUACUGGCAGACAUCACACUAUCCCGCCGACUCUUCCUAGUCAAAAACAUACUGUCAAUAUGCAGCGCACCGCUCGAGGUUCUGAUCAGUGUUUUGUACUGGGGUCUUCGUUCGGUACGGAUUCGAUACCGAGCACACAUCGUUCGUGCUAACCUGGUAUCUAGGUUGAUGAGCGACUGGUCAUCCCCGAAUGGGUGGUCAUUCCGCUUCAUGCCGGUACGCUCCAACAUAAGAGCCUUCUCGCACUACGAUGCUAACUUCGUUCUAGACCUCAGCUUCCAUGCUACUCCGUCGAUUGUAAUGCUGAUUGAUCUCCUGUUUUUGUCUCCACCAUGGACAAUCACAGUGCUCCCUGCUCUGAUGGUAUCGGGAACCAUUGCCUUUGGGUACUGGUUCUGGAUUGAGCAGUGCUUCGCUGUGAACGGAUGGUAUCCGUAUCCCAUUUUUGAGGCCCUUCCCACCGAAGGCCGCAUUGGUCUCUUCACCUUGAGUGCAGUUGUCAUGGCACUGAGCACCAUCACACUCAAGUGGCUCUUUGGGCGAGUCAAUGGCUUUGGUCUUCCCGCGGGGCCAGAGUCUCGACCCGGCGAUAUUCGACGCAAGGAAGGCCUAUAG